AUGACCAGAGCAGAGGACACAAAAGGAGACACAACCUGUCUGACAGGAACUCUGUGGAGGAUCUACCAGGUAACAGAGCUCGGUCAGUUCAGACAUAUUUAUAGAGGUAUAUUUCUGUUUGAAGACAUCAAGGACUUGGUCUUCGACUCUUCGGUAAUCGUGCAGAGAUACAUCAGCAACCCGCUUCUCAUUUCAGGCUACAAGUUUGAUCUACGCAUUUAUGUCUGCGUAAAAAGCUUCUCCCCUCUUGUGAUUUAUAUGCACCAGGAAGGCCUAGUGCGUUUUGCGACAGAAAAGUACACCCUUGCUUCUUUAGACAGCCCGUACUCUCAUUUAACAAAUACCAGCAUUAAUAAGUUUGGAAUGUGCUACGCCAUGGACAAAGAGCGAGUAGGCCGAGGAUGCAAGUGGACCAUGAGCAGAUUCCGUAGUUUUCUUCACAAACAAGAUGUUAAUGAACUUCUGCUGUGGCACAGGAUCAGCAAUAUUGUUACGUUGACUCUGCUCACAGCCAUUCCUUGCGUUCCCUCCAGCCCCAACUGUCUGGAACUGUUGGGGUUUGAUAUCCUCAUCGACGCCAGCUACAAACCGUGGCUUCUAGAGGUCAACCACAGUCCGGCGCUUUCAUUGGACUGCCCUGCUGAUGUAACGGUCAAGAAAGGGCUGAUCAAUGAUAUCAUCGACCUGAUGAACUACAGGAUGAUUGAUAGCUUCAGACAGAAGGGAUACUGCAGGAAGAGAUCGGGUAGCCGGUAUUUAUGGCCAAAAAUCUCUCAAGGGUUUUUGUUGCCCAAGACUUUGCAUGCACCUCCAUCAGGCAACAAAAACUGGAAUCAGUCUGUCUCAGGCUCUUCAAGUUCUCAAGACACUAGAAAUAACACCGGUUAUGCUACUUGCCCCGUUCACCCCAAUUCAAAAUCCAUUGGACAUGAAAAGGAUCCUCAGAGGUUUGAGGAAAUUAACGACGAGGUGGGAUCUGAUGACCUAAAACUCACAACAUUUAACAGCACGAGGCAAUCGCACAGAAAUACACCGUCUACCGCGUGCAAGUUACCAUCUCUUCACGUACAUAAACUCAAGUCUCCAGCCGUCCCAUGGAACCGCGUGACUCAGGACAGAGGUGUCCCUCCUUGUCGUGUUGGCGACUUCAUACUUACGUUUCCCUUUAAUGAGGCUACGUGGAAAGCCUCUCAGGACCAAGCAGAUGUUAGGGCUAUUGUGAACGAGGUUCAUAAACUCACAAACCGACUGGCAUCUUCCUUUAAUGAAAAAGAGAGGACGAAGAUGGAAAGCAGUCAGAGCAUUGGUAUCAGGGACAAAUUUGAGCCUCUGCUUUGGGGGCCAAAAGAUCCACCUCUUCUCAGCAAAUGCUGCUCCUUAAAUUCAGAAGUCAAGUAA